AGACGGUCGGCGAUCACUCACGUCCCUCCUACAUGCUGAUAACACGACACUGUUGACAAGGUGUAACGACUGUGAUCCUACUGCACGAGGCAGUCACUUCACCAUGUCACGAUUUUCACUAGUAGUCUUCGCUAUUAUAGGAGUUGUUCAUACUCAACAAGUCUAUCAGAAUCCGAAAAACUCUGGCUACAAUGGCGAGGUUCAAAAGCAUGUCGACGAAGGAAAAUAUCACAUUGAAGAGGCAGCUAAGGAGCUAUACGACAAAAUUAUUAAAAUGGAUAAUCGCAGGAUGAAUUCUAUGGGAAAUCACAUGGGAAGAGGAGGAUCUGCUCAAAGAGACAAAUUGAAGGAAAUGAUGGCUCAGUCUCGACCUUAUUUGGACGAAACCAAUGCAAACAUGAGAAGCGAACAGGAAUUAAAUGAGUUGGAAGGAGCUUUGACUGAAGCGCAGAGUCAAUUGUCUCAAGAAUCUGGCAGUGUAAAGAGAUACAAUGCGGAGGCCGAAAUAGCUAGAAUCCGUGACGAGAUCAAUCGAGUUCGAUAUGGACUAAAAGAACGUCUCCAAAAUAUUAUGCUUGGAAAGAAGAAACCCGUGGCUAUGGCAUCGCCCAGGGCUCACACAGUUUACCCGAACUACGCUAACACAGGGUACCCUUCGUACCCUAUGUAUGGAUACGGAGACUACAGGGACUAUAGGUCUAACGCAACUACUUGGCAGACCUGGACAUGGAUUCUACUGGGUCUCAGUAUAAUCCUUGGUCUCAUGCUUAUUGGAAUGCUGAUGUGGAUGAUGUCAAAGAAGCGAAACUACGAACAACUCUACGGCACGCGGCAAAUGUGAACACCAAGUUUACCACUGUAUAGAUGUACACUUACUAAUUCUUCAUAUUCUUCAUAUCAAACAGUGUAUUAAACCAAUUAUAAUAAGUUUGUCUAUGGUCUAGAAUGAUAAUAAAAAAUUUAU